GAGCCCGGCCUGGCCGUGCCGGAGCUGCUCCCGGAGCCGCUGCCGGAGCUGCUCCCGGUGCCCGCCAUGGCGCCGGUGCUGCCGUGAUGCGCCGCGGGGCCGCUCCGGGCGCGGCGGGGCCGGCGGACACCGCGAGCCCCAUGCGGGGGCCGCCGCCAUGGGGCAGGUCCUGGGCUUCGCCCACUGCAAAGAGGCUCCAUCGACGGCCUCCACCACGCCGGACUCCACGGAGGGUGGCAACGAGGACUCGGAGUUCCCGAGCUGGCGCCGCCGGAGCCCCCGAGGAGGAGGAGGAGGAUGAGGACGAAGCCGGGGGCGGCGGCGGCGGCGGAGUCACCUCGGGGACCCCCGGGAACUCACCUUCUCCUACAUCGCCUUCAGGGCAGGGGACCCCAAACCGAGCCGGGCCCCCCGCUGCCGCCGAGACCCCUGCCGGGGCCGCGCCCCCGCCUGAGCUCGGGGGUCCCCGGGGCCGGACCCCCGCGCGGCCGCCAGAGCCCCCGAAACGCCCCGAGGAGCCCCGGCCACCCCGGGGCGGCUGGGGAGGGGGUCCUGCCGGAGUUGGGGGCCCGAGGAUGGGGAGACCCCGCCCAGCCUGGCCCUCCCACCUCUGCCUGCCCCCGCGACCCCGGAGCCCCCCGCCCUCGGCCCCGCCCCCGGCGCCCCGGACCAAUCAGCGAGCGCGGCGAGGCGCUGACGGGCAGGUGUGGCAGCUGCUGUCCUGGCGGGCGCCGGCGCGCUCGGCGCUGGCGUUACUGGUGUCACUGGUGUCACUGGGGUGCCUGUCCCGCUUCAGCGCCGUCUCGGUGGGCGCCUACGGGGCCCUGGGGGUGCUGGGGGUCACCGUCCCCCUCCGCCUGCGCCGCCUGGCCCUGCGGCUGCUGCGCCCACCGCCCCCGGAGCCCCCCCCGCGUGUCCCCCCUGUCCCUGUGGGCUGUCCCUGGCCCCUCACCCCCGAGCAGCAGCAGCGCUGGGCGAGGGUCCUGGCCCGUCACGGCGCCGCCGCCGCCCAGACCCUGACCCGGCUCUUCCUCGUGCACAGCGUCCCCCAGUCCCUCAAGUUCGCCUUCCUGUUGUACCUGCUGACCUACGUGGGGGCCGCCUUCAACGGGACCACCCUGCUUGGAGCGGGUGUGAUCUGUGCAUUCACCUUCCCCGUGCUCCACCGGCGCCACCAGGCCCAGAUCGAGCAGUUCCUGACUGGGAGGAGCCACCUGAGCCACCUCCGAGCCAG